CAAAACCCAACCUGCAAAAGCAGACAACACAAUUUCACCCUAUCCCCAAUCCAUUUUUGCCAUUACGCGAAAACUCCAAACCUUCCCAAACCAAAACCACACUUCAUCUUCUUCACUAACGGUAACGGAGGAGUAGGAAGAAAUUGAUAUUGUAAAUUUUGUCUUGAAAUUGAGCAGUGCCACUCAGAGCUGGAUUCAAUAAAGGUCAUCGGUGUAUCAAUGCCAAAGUGAACACCUGUAAAAUGGCUUCAUACAAAGAAUUACCAAGAACUGCUCAAAUUCGCCUUGUAAGUUCCCAUCAGGAGGUUUAUGAGCCAUGUGAUGAUUCUUUUGCACUGGUUGAUGCUCUUCUAGCUGAUCGCAGUAACCUGCUGGAACAUCAUCCAUCAUUGUGCAUGGAGAUAGGCUGUGGAAGUGGAUAUGUCAUCACUUCCCUUGCUCUUAUUCUGGGGCAGGAAGGUUAUGGGGUCAACUAUAUUGCGACCGAUAUCAACCCUCAUGCAGUGGAGGUGACCCAAAAGACUAUGGAAGCACAUGGGGUUGGUGCUGAGUUGGUAAUAACAGAUAUUGCAGCUGGACUAGAGGAGCGUUUGGCAGGAUUGGUUGAUGUUAUGGUUGUGAACCCUCCUUAUGUGCCUACCCCUGAAGACGAAGUUGGUGUUGAAGGCAUUACCUCAUCUUGGGCCGGCGGGGAGAACGGCCGAAGUGUUAUUGAUAAGAUUUUGCCGGUUGCAGACCGCCUUUUGUCAGAAAAGGGAUGGCUAUACAUGGUGACCCUCACUGCAAACAAUCCUUCUGAGAUAUGCCAACAAAUGAGAAAGAAAGGAUAUGGUUCUAAGAUUGUUAUCCAAAGAUCCACAGAGGAAGAAAGUCUCCAUAUCAUCAAGUUCUGGCGGGAUUUUGAUAUUGGAAAGGAUGAACCAAACCAAUCUGCUUCUGGGUUCAUAGGCUCCUUGCUUACACAUAUUCCUUUAUUUUCAUUUUGGAGACGCACCAAUAGUGACAAGUGUUGAUUAAGAAAACAAAUGAUUUCUGAUACUAGGAUGUUUUGUCUGACAACUGAUAUGUUUGCAUUGCCAUGGCAUUCAGAAGGCCUUAUAAAUACAACGACCAAUUCUCCCUGUUAGUUGAGGUCAGCUUUGUGGAUCAA